AGAUGGCGUUCCGAUGAGAAACAACAAACAAAGUCGACGUGGACACUAUAGAAUUAAACUGUCGUCAAGAAAUAUUGUGAACGAUGAACUCUCUGUCUGAGAUUCAAGAAGAGUAUAAAAGAUUGAGUUUGGAAGAGGUUAAAGUUACAGAGAAGCUAGAUUUACUGUUGAGUCAGCAAUGUCAAAUUGAAGCUAAACUUAGAAAUGUAUCCUUACUGGUUCCACGCUUGAAUACUGUUAAAAGUGAUGCAAAGCACUUGUCAGAAAUGAUUCAUUUUACUUGCACUCUUGCAGAAAAUGUGAGUGCCAAAGUGAGAGAACUUGACAUUGCCAAGGGGAGAGUUUCUGAAUGCCAACAGAGAGUGAAUGAUCUGCUAGACUUGCAGCUUUGUCGGGAAGGUGUGAUAUCAGCCAUGAAAAGUGAAGACUUUGAAAAAGCUGCUGCUCAUGUACACAGAUUUUUAUCCAUUGAUGAAACUACUCUCAAGUUAACAGCUGGAGAUGUUGCUCAGGGUCCAACUGUGGAUAGUUCUUUAGUGCUGCUACAUGAAGCCCAAGCUCAGCUUUGCAGAGUCCUUCAACAAAAGUUUGAUGAAGCUGUAAGAGAUGCUGAUGCUGCAUCUGUUGAGAGAUUUUUUAAGAUAUUUCCACUUCUUAAUAUGCAUGAAGAAGGAAUUUCAAAGUUUGGAAAUUAUCUUGCUGGACAGUUGAGAGAUAAGACGCCUAAAACUCUGAGGCCAACUGACGGAGAUUCCAACAAUAUCAGAGCAAAUGUUUAUUUUGCCGACACUCUAACUGUUCUGUUGGAAAGUGUCGCCCGUAUUGUUGAAAUUCACCAGCCUUUAGUGGAAACUUAUUAUGGUCCUGGACGUCUUCUUCAAGUAGUAGAACACUUACAACCGGAGUGCGACAAACAAGCGGGCCAGAUAUUGACAGAAUUUCGUCGUUCUCGACAGCUUGACAAGCAAAUCCGUCUUGUAUCAGAAGUAUUAUCGACUGGAGGAAAAGUAUUACAUGAGAAAUGUGAUCCACGGAUAUUGGAUGCCGUUCUCGCCGAACUUACUCUGCUCAGUUCUCGAACAGAGCUUUACCUACGUUUUUUACGCCGAAGAAUAGCGAGUGAUCUCGAAGUUGGAAUUCCUGACGAAAAUUCUCGACAGUUACGAAUGAAUGAAUUUGAAAAACUUCUGCAAAGUAAAAUUGGGAUUAAUCGUGCAGUGCAAGAGCUUCUUGGCCACUACAUUAUGUUGGAGCGGUAUUUUCUUUCAGAGAGUGUCUCAAAAGCCGUUGCAAUGGAUACUGCUGUUGAAGGCUCUUUAACGUCUAGUGUAGUAGACGAUGUCUUCUUUUUAGUCAAGAAAUCCAUUAGGCGGAGUCUCACUAGCUGCAGUGUAGACAGCAUUUGUGCUGUUAUUAAUAAUGCCUGCACUCUUUUGGAAGAGGACUAUGCUUUGGUAUUUCAACAGCAGUGUAAGCAGGGAUUUCCAUCUGGCUAUUUGGAUCUAACACAGGCUUACAAUGCCAUACAGAGCUCACUCCAACAAGGAUCAAUUAGACUGCAAUCAUCUGAUACGGAAAAAACUAAAGCUAAUUUCUUGACAGCACUCAAUAACAUCGAGACGAGUAUAGAGUACAUUGAAACACUGGAUAAAAAUGUUUCGCAGGAAAUUCAAGUAAAUCUUGGAAGUACGAUGACAAAUCGUGAUCAAGAAAAAAUUAAGUCCUGUCUUACUGGAUUUAAAUCAACGAUCAGCAAAUUCCGUCAGUUACUAGAUUUUGGUCACGAGCAGCUGAAGUCGUCGGCUAUUAAACCACGCAUAAAACCAUGGGUUGAUCAGCUUCUUUCAGUCAACCACGUAAUUGAUGAGGAGGAAUUCAGCUGCUAUGAAGCCCAGGAUCCGUUUAUCCAAGAGCUCAAUCUCCAUUUAGACGGAUUCAUGAGUGGGUUCAAGGAUUCGUUAACCAUGAACAAUUAUCAAACAUUAAUCGGAACUCUUACGUCACAAGUGGCUCAACAAUUUGAGAAGGUUAUUUUGAAAACCAAUUUUAACAGGUUAGGCGCCUUACAGCUAGACAAGGAAGUAAGAGCAUUAGUAACUUACUUAAGCACAGCAACAACAUGGACCAUUCGCGAUCGACUCACCCGACUAACGCAAAUAGUCACCCUGUUAAACUUGGAGAAUUUGACAGAAUUAGCUGAAUAUUGGGGCCCCAAUGCCGGCUCAAUAACAUGGAGACUAACACCGCAAGAAGUACGACAGAUUUUGAUGCUCAGGACCGAUUUUCGUGCUGAUGAAAUAAAACGCCUAAAGCUGUAAAGCAAUAAAUGUUAUGGUUGAAGUUGGAA